UGUAUUCGGAACAUUAAACAGAGAUUGUACAGGUUUAUGAGUGAGAAGCAUACAUUAAAAUGGGCAGAAGCAUUACCGAAAAUAGUUGACGCAAUAAAUCAUUCAAAGUGUAGGGUUUUAGGAGGAUUAAGACCGGUUGAUGUAAGCUUUAACAAUGCAAAGGAAAUCAGAGAAAUGGUAUUUGGUCCUAUUGGCAAAAAUAAACCUCGAAAAAAUCCAAGAUUCAAGGAAAAUGAUUAUGUGCGUAUGAGCAGAAGUAAAAAUAUAUUUUCAAAAGGUUAUCUCCCAAAUUAUAGUGAUGAAAUUCUUCAAAUAGAUCUUGUUAAAAAGAAAGCUAAUCCAAAUAGAUACCGCGUCCGUGACGAUAAUGGAGAAUUGUUUAAAGGAUAUUUCUACCCUGAGGAACUGACAAAAGUAAGAAAAGAUGAGAAUACUAGUUACAGAAUUGAGAAGAUUAUUAAGAGCAGAAAGAAAAAAGAUGGAGGAAAAGAAUAUCUUGUAAAAUUUUUUGAUUAUCCCCAACCCCAUUGGAUAGAUGAAAAUCAAUUUGUAUAA